GCCCCCUCCCCGUUUUACCGGUAACCCCGAGCUCGGCACCCCCGCAGCCGGCACUGCCGCAACCCCGGAGAGCGACCACCAUGGCCCCGUGCCCCCGCUGACGGCCGCCCCCUCCGCCAGCACCCUUGGGUGCCCCCGCCAUGGGCGACUCCUACACCGCCGCCUUCCCCAGCGGCCCGGGGCUGCUCUCGCCCUCCGCCAGCCCCCAGGCAUCGCCCGGUCCCUACGGUCCCGACUACGGCCCCUUCGGGCACCCCUUCCCCGCGCCCGCCGGCACCCAGGAGGUGCUGGGUGCCCCGGUGGUGGUGGCGACCAAGGGGCACCCAUCGGGCGACUGCUUGCCGGGCGUCUACCCCUCGCUGGAAAUGCCGCACCCCUACGGCUCCUGGUACAAGGGCGGCAUCGGCGGGGGGCUGCCGGGGGGCUCGGGGCCGGCGGCCCCGGCCUGGUGGGACGUGCACCCCAACGGCGGCUGGCUGGGGGGGCCGGCUGGCGCCGAGGGGCUGCAGGGCUCCCUGCAGGGCCAGCCCGCCCUCAGCCCCCCCCUGCCCGCUUACGGCUCCGAUUUCGGGGCGCUCAACCCCCCGCCCUACGCCGGCGGUCCCGGCGCCACCCCGGUCCCCAAAAGCGGCUUGGGGGAGGCGGCGGGCAAAGGGCCUCGGGGAGGGGGCUCGCCGGGGGGGCGAGCGGCUUGCGACUGCCCCAACUGCCAGGAGCUGGAGCGGCUGGGGGGCGCGGGGGGGCUGCGCAAGAAGCCGGUGCACAGCUGCCACAUCCCGGGCUGCGGCAAGGUGUACGGCAAGGCGUCGCACCUGAAGGCCCACCUGCGCUGGCACACGGGCGAGCGGCCCUUCGUCUGCAACUGGCUCUUCUGCGGCAAGCGCUUCACCCGCUCCGACGAGCUGGAGCGCCACGUGCGCACCCACACGCGGGAGAAGAAGUUCACCUGCCUGCUCUGCAGCAAGCGCUUCACCCGCUCCGACCACCUCAGCAAGCACCAGAAGACCCACGCCGAGCCCGGCCCCCCCAAAGCACCCGUGGGGGCCGCCGAGCAGCCCCCCGGCUCCCCCCGCCGCCCCGCCGCCGCCUCGCCGGACAAGGACGCCGGCAGCCCCGAGGCCGGCAGCUUGCUGGAGAUCUGAGCCCCGCACCUUCCUCCUCCUCCUCCUCCUCCUCCUCCUCCUCCUCCUC